GAGGCGGGCGCCUCUCGGCAGUCGCCGUGGCCGCAGCUGCCGGGCCUGGGGACGCGGGUGGCGGGGGCCGCGGACGGAGCCUCCUUGUGUCGCCGGCCAUGGCCGCGCUCGGCCGGCCGUUCAGCGGCCUGGCCCUGAGCGGCACCUCGGAGUUCCUGCAGCCGCCGCCGGCCUUCCCCGGCCGGGCCUUCCCGCCGGGAGCCGAGGGCGCCGAGCUGGUCCCGCGGAGCAGCCCUUGCGGGAGCGCGGCGCGCAGACGUGUCUCGGUUCGUUGUAAAAAGAAACACAAGCGGGAGGAGGAGGAAGAGGAGGAGGAUUGUCCAGUAAGGAAAAAAAGGCUAACUGAAGCAGAGCUCUGUGCUGGUCCUAAUGACUGGAUUCUUUGUGCACAGCAGAAUGUGGAGGGUCCUGGAGUCAGGCCGUGCCCUAGUGACCUUUCCGUCCCUGGCAUGUUAGAUGUCGUUUGUGAAGAAAUGGAUCAGACAACUGGAGAAGCCCAGUGUGAAGCUGCCCGAAGGAGGCUUCAGGAGAUUGAGGACAGGAUAAUUGAUGAAGAUGAAGAAGUUGAAGCUGACAGAAAUGUUAACCACCUCCCCAGUCUUGUCCUUUCUGAUACCAUGAAAACAGGUUUGAAGAGGGAAUUUGAUGAAGUCUUUACAAAGAAGAUGAUUGAGUCCAUGAGCCGUCCUUCCAUGGAGCUUGUACUCUGGAAACCUCUCCCUGAACUCCUUUCUGAUAAGCCAAAGCCAUCAUCUAAUGCUAAGAACUACACAGGAGAGAGCCAAACAAAGCAUGCAGCUGCUGGCACUGCCUUCCCUGGGAGAACUGAACUGUUCUUGGAACCCCGGCAAGCGGAGAUGCCUCUUUACAAUAGCUUGGAGACAGCUGCUAAUACAGAAGAAGAAAUGGAACUCUAGAAACCGAGUUCUACAUGAACGUCACAUUUUAGAAGGCUCUGCGUUCAUCUGGAGCCUACUUGCCUAUCUAGGGACUCGAAAAUUUUAUGAAACGGGUGUCAUAAUACCUCCACCUGUGAUUUGGGGUGGGACUCUCAUUUUGGGUAACCAUUUAUAGAAUUCAACUUUUUGCCAAGGAAGCUUGUCUCAAGAGAAAAGCAGUUUUCUAGGGGGCUUUUUAAAGGAAUGUUAGAUUUUAGUCUUUUCAAAGGCAAAUAUAGAAGCUGUUUGUGUAAGGGUGACUUUGGUUAUCUGUCACUUUGUCUAAAGAUACUUGAAGAUUAUUGUCCUUGAGUUGAAAAAGAUGGUUAAGAAAGAUGCUCUUAUUAAAACUGUACCCGGACAGUUGAGUCACGAUUUAGUCUGCACAUAGGAGCUUUUUAUAGUGCUGACUGUAUAUGAUUACAGAGAAGGAGGGAAGACAGCAGGGGCUUAAACCUCUUGCUGAGCCCAUGAAACUUGUAUGUUAGUUCUCAGUCCAGUAUAGCUGUAUUGAUUAAAUAGCCAGUAGCAUUAUGAUUUCCUCUUUGCCUCUGAAAAUGCAAUGAAAACAUGAAGGUAUUUUUCCUUCAAGGCUUUUUUUGCUGUGUGCUACUGUUGCUCCUUGGUUUCCCUUGCAUAAUUGACUAAGCCCAGUUAUUCCAUAAUGUUUACAACUUAAUUAACUUUGAGGGAUAGUUUAGUUUAAAAGAUUGUGAGGUAAUCCAUCUGCAGAUCACCUAGGAGAGAAGCAUCCUUUAGUUAAACCUAAGGAAGUGCAGUGUCAGCCAAGCUAGCAAUGAGAAUUUCUGUAGUUUAACAAAGAUUUUACUUUUAUGAGCAAGUUGAGUUUUUAAAUGUUAAUUUUGAAAACAAUGAAUAUUAACUGAGAAUGUAUGGGCAAAUGACAUUGAGAUUUACUGGAAUAGCCAACUUGUCUGGUGCUUAAACUUAAUAGUUCUAAAAGUUAGGAGCGAAUAGCUUCCUGCUAGCAGAAACCCUCAUCUGCAUGAGUGCUUAAAUCAGACUCCAGGUGUCCUUUGAGGAUAACCAGGAUUGAAGUUUUUAAUUCUCAGGAAGAGCUCGUCCACGUGGCAAGGACUCACAGUGCAAAGAAAAACGAGAGCUUCUUUAUUGCUAUGGAAUAUCCACUAUAAGCUAUUGAUUUAAUGUCAGAGUGUAGUACUGGCCCUUUUAUCACACAACAGGCAACUACCCCAGUUCUCUUUGUUUUCUGGGUUUCUUCCUGCUUUGUAGGAAUCAGAUACCUUUUGUAGAAAAACAUGGUUUACACCAAGUAGGAACCAGCUUCCAGGCAUUUUUGAAACCCGUGCUGAACUCCCGCCUCUCAUUACAGAUGGCGUAGAAGUCUCAAGUCUGUUCUUUGGACUGUUUCUUCUUUUGCCUGCUGUUCUUCUUUCUCUAUUUCUGUCUGAAUAGUCAGGAAAAGAUUUAAUGUUUAAUAUUUAAACAAUAUUUAAUGUCUAUACAGUAAAAUUAUUCAAACUUCAAAACAGUAUUGAAACCAGUUGGAAACCAGCUAAUAGUUUCUUAAUCUCAGACUUAGAGAUGAAUGUAAACUGUAUUCUUUUGAAAUGUGCAAGUGUUUGAUUCAUGCCAUUUGAAAAACUCCUGCCUUGAUGUCAUUGUUUAAUGGGACCAACUUGUAAAGUUUGUAGCCUUAAGUAAAUCAUACUGAAAGUUU